AUGGCUUCCAAGGCGAUGUGGGAGGUUGAUCCCGAGACGAGAUCUAAGCUUGUCACGAUCCAAGCCGAAGCCCAAAACAACCUCUGCUGCGACUGCGGUGCCCCCUCCCCGCAAUGGGCCUCGCCCAAGUUCGGCAUCUUUAUCUGCCUGUCCUGCGCCGGCGUCCACCGCGGCCUGGGCGUGCACAUCUCGUUUGUCCGGUCCAUCUCCAUGGACGCGUUCAAGGCGGCUGAGAUUGAGCGCAUGCGCUUGGGUGGUAACGCGAACUGGAGGCAGUUUUUCGAGGCACACGAGGACACGAAGAUGCGUGGGGUCGGGUGGGAUGAUGCGACCAUUGCGGAGCGGUAUGGGGGGGAGGUCGGGGAGGAGUGGAAGGAGAGGCUGAGCGCGAAGGUGGAAGGGCGCGAGUAUGUGCCCGGGGAAAAGGCGGGUGCUACGGCUAGCCCGGCGCCCAGUGGGAGCGGUCCGUCGUCGGCGCCGACGAGGAGUGGGAAUGCCGCUGCUGCGCCGCUAGGCGGGAGUCGGAGUGAUAGUCCCGCCGCGGGUGCUGCUGCUGCGGGUGGUGGAGGCAAGAUCAAGGUGGAUGUGGACUACUUCGCGAAGCUGGGCGAACGCAACGCGCAGCGCUCGGCUGACUUGCCGCCCAGCCAGGGUGGGAAAUACAGCGGGUUCGGCAGCUCAGCUCCGCGACCACAGCGUGACAAUAACCAAGCGUUGCCUGGGUUUGAUGAUCUGCAGAAAGACCCGGUGGCUGCGCUCAGCAAGGGGUUCGGGUGGUUUACCUCGACGGUGACCAAGACAGCUAAGACGGUGAACGAGGGCUUCAUCCAGCCCACUGCGAAGCAGCUCUCUGAAUCCGACUUCGCAGCCCAAGCCCGUGUCGCCGCCGCCCAAGCCGCGCGCUCAGCCCAAGCUGGUGCCCGCACCGCGCAAGAAGGCUUCAACCGGUUUGUCGAAGGCGGGCCGUCUAACGGGCCCGGUGUGUACCGCCCCGUUCAGCAGGGCGGCGAGGACAGCAACUUUGAUGAGAGCAAGCGGGCGUUCUGGGACGAUUUCUCGGCGGUGGCGGACCAGCGGAAGACUAGCGGUAGUUCGAUUGGGACGGCUGCCAUGGGGAAGGGGGGAGUAAGGGGCAGUGCUGGUGGUGGGAGUGGUAGUGGGGGUGCGCAGGCGGGCGCCCCAGCAGCAGCGGGCAGUAAGAAGGACGAGUGGGAUGAUUGCGGAACGGUUCCUGUUUCUUUACUUCCUCUGCUCACCAUUGCACGCCACGAUCUCGACAUGUCAGCGCUCCGGAUAUUGGUGCCCGUCAAGCGGGUGAUUGACUAUGCGGUCAAACCGCGAGUCAACAAAGCACAGACAGGCGUCGAGACCGCCGGUGUCAAGCACAGCAUGAACCCCUUCGACGAGCUCUCGGUCGAAGAGAGCGUGCGGAUCCGCGAAAAGAAACGCGCGCCCGGCGGCGUGGAGGACAUUUGCGUGCUGAGCGCGGGGCCUGCCAAGGCGCAAGACACCUUGCGCACUGCCAUGGCCAUGGGUGCCGACCGGGGGAUUCACGUGGAGGUCAAGGAAGGCGACGACCUAGAGCCGCUCACUGUGGCCAAGCUGUUGAAGGCGGCCGCCGAGGAGCAGAAGAGCAACCUGGUCAUCCUUGGCAAACAGAGCAUCGACGACGACGCCAACCAGACGGGUCAGAUGCUGGCCGGUCUCUUGGGGUGGCCGCAGGCGACACAGGCGAGCAAGGUCGAGUUUGGGAAGGACGAUGCGGUGAGCGUUACGCGCGAGGUGGACGGUGGCGUGGAGACUGUACGGGCGAAGCUGCCGCUGGUCAUCACGACGGAUCUGCGGUUGAACGAGCCGCGCUAUGCGAGCUUGCCGAAUAUCAUGAAGGCGAAGAAGAAGCCGCUGGAGAAGAAGACGCUGGCGGACUUUGGCGCCUCGGCGGACAAGCGUCUCAAGGUUCUCAAGGUUACGGAACCACCCGCGAGACAAGGCGGUGGGAAGGUCGAGGAUGUGGACGGCCUCAUCUCGAAACUCAAGGAACUCGGCGCUAUCUAG